AACCCUCGGACAAGCGAAAGGCAAGUUUGAACAUGCGUCGACGUCGGGGUGACCCGUCCUCGCCGCUGCCAUGGCGCGCGCUCGUCGCCGUGCUGGCGCUGCUGGCGCUGCCCGCGUACGCGCAGGUGACCAUCUUCGCGCGGCCGGGCUUCGUCGGCGAGCGCCGCGACCUGCCGCUCGGCGCCAAGAGCGGCGAGGUGCUGCCGGACUGGAACCAGCCCAUCUCGUCCGUGGCCGUGCAGGGCGGCUACGAGUUUGUGACGUUUGAUGGCCCCCACAGCCAAGGCAACAUGGCCAUCUGGCGCUACAACACGUCCGUCAUGGGCCGCUGGGACCGCAGCGUCGAGUCGUUCCUCGUCCGGACGUCCACCGAGUCGACCGCGCUCUCGGCGGUGACGGCCAACUGGAAGUGCAUGGAGCGCGAGCCGCCGACGGCGCCGACGCUCUUCAUGCGCGUGGCCAUCGUGCCCCAGAGCCACGAGGUCGGGUGCUUCUCGACGGACGCGGUCAACUGCGUUUUCUACAACACGAUGGCCGACUGCGCCGCGCGCAUCACGUCGGUCGCCACGCUCCGCGCCGCGCUCUGUGGCGCGACCCACAUGAGCUUCUGGGGCAGCACGGGCUACGAGCAAAACACGACGUGGUGCUCCGUGGCCAAAGCCAUGUUCAUCCGCAGCGCGACCUCGACCGGCGACGUGCCCGCGUCGUUUCUUUGGCAGUGCUCGCCGAUCAAGAACUCGUGGAUCGCCCUCCGCGUGCUGAGCCCGAACCAAUGCUACUCGACCGACAGCCGCCUCUGCACCCCGUUCGGAACGCUCGACCAGUGCCAGGCCAGCAUCCAGGGCAUGGUCGACUUUGCAAGCGACGAGUUUGUCCUCACGUGUCCCUCGAUCGCCCAGUGCGUCUUGGAUGCCGAGCGACCACGCGAAACGCCGGCCGCGGCAGUCAAUUGGCCGUGGAUCAUUGCCGGCGUCGGUCUCUCGCUGCCGGUUUUUUGCGGCCUCGCGGCGUGGCACAUGCUGCGCAAGAAGCCGCUGCCGACCAACAGUCACAUAUUUGACACCGAGUCGACGCUCUGCUCUAGCUACAACAUGCGCCGCGACGGCGCUCCCGGGUCUGCAGCGCUGCCAACAGCACAAAACCGCAGCGUGUGCUCGAUUCCCGAGUGCCCCAACCAAGUCUACGCCCGGUAUCUCUGCGUUCGCCAUGGCGGCAAGCGCGUCUGCGCCAUCGCCAACUGCUCGUUCUACGCGCGCGGCGGCCGCUUCUGCGGCAAGCACGGCGGCAACGUCUUGAAGCGCUACUGCCUCGUCGACGGCUGCUCCAAGCAAGCACAUGCCAACCAGAAAUGCGUGCGCCACGGCGGCGGCCGCUUUUGCAAAGUCGAUGGCUGCUCGUACCAUUCGCGGGCGGGGGGCUUCUGCCUCAAGCACCAGCCGGCCGAGCCAGCGACAACAACGGAAAUGCUCGAUCAUGCGAUCCUGGACAGCAUCCUCUUCCACGACGCUGCGCCACCAACGACGCAAGCGAGUGCGACCAUCGAUCCGUUCGAGAUGCGCAUCCUCGAAGACCUUCUCAACAUCUAA